AUGGCCAGUCGGAAGACGACGACGGACAGGAACGAUACGAACACACUACCAUCAACGAUACUUAGCCCAGAUGCUACACUCGAAAGCCCAAGUCAAAGUAUUGCCCAACAUGGUUCCCAAUUCGCUGGCAACUGUAAGGUAUCUGGAAAUGGAAACGUCCAUCAAGGCAACAACAUCAACAACAACAACAACACUAUCAACCACCACCACACAACGGACCAAUGUCUUGCCGACCUUCGCAUCACAGAUCCUCGCCACGAUAAGCAGCGCAUCCAGGAAGUCAAAGGCGGCUUGAUCCAAGACUCCUAUAUCUGGGUGCUCGAGAAUUCUGAUUUCUGUCAAUGGCUUGGCAACGAGAACAGCCACUUGCUCUGGGUCAAAGGCGACCCAGGCAAAGGCAAGACGAUGCUCCUUUGCGGCAUUAUCGACCAUUUAAAGAAAUCACAAGCCGAGGGAAAGGUUCUCUCCUACUUCUUUUGCCAAGCCACUGAUGAGCGCAUUAAUACUGCCACCUCCGUAGCGCGCGGUCUUAUCUUUAUGCUUUGCAGCCAAGAUGCAUCUCUUAUGUCUCAUCUCAAAAAUCAUUACGAUCCAGCUGGCAAGGCGCUUUUUGAAGACGCGAAUGCGUGGCAUGCGUUAUCCGAGAUAUUCACAGACAUACUCCAAGACCCUACACUCCAGGGGGUCUGCCUCGUAGUCGACGCUUUAGACGAGUGUGUAAAAGGUCUCCCACAACUGCUCGAUCUGAUAAUCCAAACCUCACGGUUGCCUCACACAAAAUGGCUCGUCUCAAGCCGUAAUUGGACGGAUAUUGAAGAGAAGCUGUGCGAUGUGGCGCAUAGGUUAUCGCUAGAGCUGAAUGCGAAGUCGGUUUCUGCGGCCGUGGAAAGCUAUAUCCAGUUUAAAGUUUCCGAGCUUACGCGGAUAAAGGGCUACCAACAGGGAAUCGCUAAUGAAGUGCGCCAAUACCUGUCAUCACACGCCGACGACACUUUUCUUUGGGUCGCCUUGGUUUGUCACGAGCUCGGAAACAGUAAAGUUCGAUCGAGGCAUACACAUGAUGUACUGAAAUCGUUCCCACCGGGCCUUGAUCCGCUGUAUCAAAGGAUGGUAGAAUACAAUACCGUUUCGAGAGAUGCACAAGCUUGUCGUGAGAUCCUAGCUCUUCCUUCGACAGUAUAUCGACCUGUUAGCGUGGAUGAAUUGCAGGGUUUGACCCAGUCUGUCAAGGAAAUCGAGAAUCUUAGUCAAGAGGAGGUUCUCGAAGUUAUCGCAGCAUGUGGUUCCUUUUUGACGCUUCGAGACAGCAUCAUCUUCUUCGUCCAUCAGUCUGCGAAGGAUUUCCUGCUCAAGAAAGCAAGCAAUACGAUCCUAAGCUCUAGUAUUGAAAACCAACAGUUCAAGAUCUUCGCAGACUCUUUAGAUCUUCUUAGCAAUACCUUGAAACAGGACAUUUACGAUCUGCGCGCACCUGGCUAUCCUAUCGACCAAGUCAAAAUCCCUUAUCCCGACCCGCUGGCGAGCUCUCGCUACUCUUGUGCCUAUUGGGUAGAUCAUCUUCAAGACGCAGGACUUGUGCACGCAAGAUCAGUGCUUACCAGCGUUCCGAGAUUUCUGAAGACCAAAUACCUUUACUGGCUUGAGGCUCUUAGUUUGAUGCACAACGUUCCUGAAGGUGUCAAAGCAAUACAAAAGCUAGAGAGAAUGAUGGCCAAUAAUGACUCCGAGGAGCUGAAGGAUCUAUCCAAAGAUGCUCGUCGUUUCCUUCUUGCACAGAAGAGAGGGUUUGAAUUGGCUCCGCUGCAAGUCUACUCCUCCGCUCUUAUUUUCAGUCCCACGAACAGUCUGAUCAGGCGCUGCUUCAGCCACAAAAUCCCUGCUUGGGUCAAGCUAGCACCCAAGGCUGGAACAGAAUGGAGUGCUUGCCUGCAGACGAUAGAGGGCCAUAGGAACAGGUCAAUCACCGCAGUCAGUUUCUCUGUUGAUGGUAGGCAAAUUGCAUCAAACUCGAGUGACAUGACCGUCAAGCUGUGGGAUGCCACUUCAGGCAAUUGUCUUCGAAUACUCAAGGGGGAAGGUGCUUGGCUCAUAGAAGUGCUUUCAUUCUCACCAGAUGGUAAACGCAUUGUGCUGGGAAGCACUUCAGGCAUCGAAAUCCGAGAUACCGACUCGGGGAAUAUAGUGAAAAAGCUUGACUGCCUUGUGCGAACAGUCGCUUACUCACUCGAUGGCCAGAAAAUCGCUUCCGGUGGCGAUAGUAUCGUCCAGAUCUGGAAUGCUCAUUCUCUUGAGCUUUUACAUGCAUCUGACACCGGCGGUGGGUCAAUAAGCUCGAUCUCCUUCUCCGCGAGCUGUUUGCGAUUUGGAUUAGAAUCAUGGAAUCCAAACACAACCACCAUUUUCCAUCUCAAGGAUACCACAAGUGAAUUGGCGACACUUUUCAAAAUAAAUGGUAAAGCAACUUCAAUGGCAUUCUCAUCCGACGGUGGAAAAGCCGUGUUGGGUUUUGACAGUGGCGCCCUCGAAGUCUGGGACACUACUUUAGGCCAAUGUGUACAACACCUCAAAGCGGACCAAUGUUACAUCAGUUCGGUGGCAUUCUCGCCUGACUGCCUGCAAGUCGUAUCGGGCUCUAGUAGAAGUGUCCAGGUUUGGGAUAUUGCAACAGGCCAACGCGCAAGGUCUUAUAAGACCAGUGACCAUGUCAACGUCGUAACCUUUUCACCAGAUGGCGGACGAGUUGUGGCAGGGUCCGAUACCUUUCAAAUAUGGGACAACUUUUUACAUGACUAUGAAUCACUGCAUGAAGGCCAUGAAAAGGAGGUCAUAAAGUUGGACCUAUCCCCCGACCUCUCACAAAUUGCAUCGAGCUCGGAUGAUGGAACCGUCAAGAUCUGGGAUUCGGCCUCGGGCGAUUGUGUGCGAACUUUUAUAGGCCAUGACGGACAGACAGGUUGCAUCUUCUUCUCGCCUGAUGGGAAAAAGAUUGCAUCGGGCUCAAGCGACAAUACCAUCAGAAUUUGGGACAUCACGUCCAACAACUGCAUAGUGGCAAUUCCAACAGGUCACGCGGACGGCCCACCCUUGCCCAGGCGAAAGGACAACAUGUAUUCAAUUACUUUUUCAGAUGAUGGACAACACGUCAAAUCAGAAUUCACGGCACGAGGCUUCUAUAGGGGAGACCUCCUCUUAUGGUUACCUAAGGAAUUCCGACCAGUUGAUGACUUUUCGGGAUUCAAGGCUGCAGGAUCUAUGGUUGCAAUCGGCACCAGUCUUGGUAGAGUUCUGAUCAUGAGAUUCGCGCUGGAUGGCGAUGAGGCAUUACCACUUCUCAAGGAUUGGCGGACUGGAGCUGCUGUGGGCGGAAUCAGUACUCAGAUGCGUGCGUCGAUAAUGAAGUAUGACGGCAACGCAGAUACUUUCGAGAGCACAUCAUCUCUUCUCGACCGCUCUCUUGGUGUGACAAUGCCAAAAGUUCUUGCUAGCUCAGCCAAUUUCAUGGAUUUUCACGAGGAAGGCAACUUCUACGAGUAA